AUGUACGGCAGUGCCAGAGCUGUAGGCCAUAUAGAGAGCAGCCCCGCACGGUCCCCGCGCCUGCCAAGGUCCCCCAGACUGGGCCAUCGGAGGGCCAACAGCGGGGGCGGGGGUGGUGCGGGGGGCAAGACGCUCUCCAUGGAGAACAUCCAGUCCCUCAACGCUGCCUAUGCUACUUCGGGGCCCAUGUACCUGAGUGACCACGAGGGCGUGGGCUCCACUGCCACCUACCCCAAAGGCACUAUGACUCUGGGUCGCGCCACCAGCCGGGCCAUGUACGGGGGCCGCGUCACAGCCAUGGGCAGCAGUCCUAACAUCGCUUCAGUGGGGCUGCCCCAUGCUGACCUUCUGUCUUACAGUGACCUGGGCUCCCUCUCCAUGCUGCACCCCCACCACCACCAGGGGGUGCCCUCUGCCCUGCUGAGGCAGGCGGUGCGGGGCAGUGGGGGGGAGCUGCUGGAGAUGCAGGCCCAGCUCAGGGAGAUGCAGAGGGAGAAUGAGAUGCUGCGCAGGGAGCUUGACCUGAAGGACAGUAAGUUGGGAUCUUCCACCAACAGCAUCAAGAGCUUCUGGAGUCCUGAGCUGAAGAAGGAGAGAAUAAUGAGGAAAGAAGAAGCUGCACGCACAUCAAUCCUUAAAGAGCAGAUGAGAGUCACUCAUGAGGAGAACCAGCAUCUCCAGAUGACCAUCCAGGCUCUGCAGGACGAGCUGCGCACGCAGCGAGACCUAAACCACCUGCUGCAGCAGGAGAGCGGUAACCGCUCCGGUUCUGAUCAUUUCACCACCAUUGAGCUGACGGAGGAGAACUUCCGUCGACUGCAGGCCGAACACGACAGGCAGGCCAAGGAGCUCUUCUUGCUGAGAAAGACGCUGGAGGAGAUGGAGCUGAGGAUCGAGACACAGAAACAGACACUGGGUGCCAGAGACGAGUCCAUUAAGAAGCUACUGGAGAUGCUGCAGAGCAAAGGGCUUCCCCCGGGGCCGGGCAGGGCAUCUGAGGAGGAAGAGCAGGAGAGAGCCAGGCGCAUUGCUGAGGCAGAAGCCCAGCUGGGACACCUGGAGGUCAUUCUAGAUCAAAAGGAGAAGGAGAAUAUCCAUCUGCGAGAGGAACUGCACAGAAGAAAUCAGCUGCAUCAGGAUCCAAGCAAAACCAAGGCCCUGCAGACCAUCAUAGAGAUGAAAGACACCAAAAUUGCCUCUCUGGAGCGCAACAUCCGAGAUCUGGAGGAUGAGAUCCAAAUGCUGAAGGCAAACGGCUUACUGAACACAGAGGACAGAGAGGAGGAGAUCAAACAGAUGGAGGUCUACAAGAACCACUCUAAGUUUAUGAAGACCAAGAUUGACCAGCUGAAGCAGGAGUUAUCAAAGAAGGAGUCGGAGCUGUUGGCUCUGCAGACCAAACUAGAGACCCUCAACAACCAGAACUCAGACUGCAAACAGCAUAUCGAGGUGCUCAAAGAGUCUCUCACUGCCAAGGAGCAACGUGCUGCCAUCCUGCAAACAGAGGUGGAUGCUCUACGUCUGCGUCUGGAGGAGAAAGAGUCCUUCCUGAACAAGAAAACCAAGCAGCUGCAGGACCUAACGGAAGAGAAAGGCACUCUCGCCGGUGAAAUCAGGGACAUGAAGGACAUGCUAGAGGUCAAAGAAAGGAAGAUCAAUGUCCUGCAGAAGAAGAUUGAGAACCUGCAGGAGCAGUUGCGGGACAAAGACAAGCAGCUGGGUAACCUGAAGGACAGGGUCAAGUCUCUGCAGACCGACUCCAGUAACACAGACACUGCCCUGGCCACUCUGGAGGAGGCACUGUCAGAGAAGGAGAGGAUUAUAGAGCGUUUAAAGGACCAAAGAGAAAGAGAAGACAGAGAACGUCUGGAAGAAGUGGAGUCGUAUAAGAAGGAGAACAAGGAGCUGAAGGAGAAGGUCAACAGCCUGCAGAUAGAAUUAACAGAGAAAGAGUCAAGUCUCAUCGAUCUGAAGGAGCAUGCUUCAUCCCUUGCGUCUUCUGGCCUCAAGAAGGAUUCAAAGCUCAAAUCACUGGAGAUCGCUAUCGAGCAGAAAAAAGAGGAGUGUAGUAAGUUGGAGACGCAGUUGCAGAAGAAAGCCCACGAAGUAGAGCAACAGUCGGGCUCCAGAGGGAACCCGGAGUACGUGGACCGGGUGAAGCUGCUGGAGAAGGAGGUGAGCUACUACAAGGACGAGGCCAGCAAGGCUCAGGCGGAGGUGGAGAGGCUCCUGGACAUCUUACGAGAGGUGGAGACUGAAAAGAAUGACAAGGACAAGAAGAUUGCUGAGUUGGAAAGCCCCCCUCCCUCUGCCCCUCGCCCCAUCCCUCGUCCCGGUGGCAGAGCUCCCCCUGACCCGCUCCCUUCUGUGUCCGCUGCUCCCCAGCAGAUAGGGGGCAUGGUGUGGGAUUUCCUGGGAAAUGGUCUUUCCCGGGGACCCACCUUCCUGCUCUCUCCCCGCCCAACCUGCCCCACUCCUGCCCUGCCUAGCUUGCUCUACCAGACACUAAGGGAAAUGAUCAGCCUAGUGGCCUGCAUGAAUAGAGAUGCUGUGCUCCAGAUCUACACGCGCUCAGUGAGUGAGGUGCUGUAUCUAGCUCCCAGACAAGGAGGCAAAGACCAGACUAAGAAGGGUCCAAACAUCAAACUGGGACCACAAGGAGACAAGAAAGGCUUAGGACAGGACCCUCGUAAGGACAGCUCCAUGGACAGUGGCCACCACUUAAAGCUGGAGGAGCUGAUGAACACGCUGGAAAGGACAAGGCAGGAGUUGGACUCCACCAAGCAGCGUCUCUCCUCCACACAGCAGUCGCUGCAGGAGAGGGAUACCCACCUCACCAACAUGAGACAAGAACGUAGGAAACAGCUGGAGGAGAUCCUAGAGAUGAAACAACAAGCUCUCCUGGCAGCCAUCAGUGAGAAAGAUGCUAAUAUUGCACUGCUGGAACUGUCUGCCUCCAAUAAAAAGAAGACCCAGGAGGAGGUGCUGGCCCUCAAGAGGGAGCGGGACAAACUGAUGCACCAGCUCAAACAACACACACAAAGCAGAAUGAAGCUGAUAGCCGACAACUAUGAAGAUGAGCAAUAUCAUCCACAUGGUCCUCACCACCCCCACCAUCAUCGUGGAGGGCCAGCCCGAGGACCCCCACAUGCUGGUCACCGCCCGUCCCCAGACCAGGAUGACGAGGAGGGCAUUUGGGCAUAAUCCUUGCUGUGACAACCAAAGCUCUAAUGUUGUUUUGAGGGAUGAUUCAGUCACUACUGGAGGAGCACAGCCAUGCCAUGAUAUUGAAAUACUACCCAAUCAAACAUUUAUUAUCUCCAAUCAAUCAACACUCCGCAAUGGGACUUUUGUUUAUUUUCUGGGGAAGAGGAGGGUUGCACUCAGGUGUGCAGGUCCUGUGGGCAGACUGACAGUCGGGCAGGUAAUUUCGAUCAUUUUCAUCUUCAGUGUUUAUUAAAAAUACGCUUCCAAACUGAAGCUUAAACUAAGUUCUUCCGUUCUUGCUUAAGGUGACCUGGGACCUCUUCUUUGUGUGGACAGGAGCAGAUGUCAUCCACUUCCUCCAUAUAGGGUC